UUUACGGCACGCACGUGUUUAAAUUUAUUCCAAAUCAAAUUGAAUAAUGUGCUCUUUCUAAAAAAUAAAAUUGAAAUAGUUUUGUUUUUAAAUAUCAUACUUACAUUUUAAAUGAAUGUAAUUUUUAUACUUUAAUUAAACUUGUUUUCAACUUUUCAUUUAAAGCCUUUGCAUUAUGUCUGAAUCCAUAGUGAAAAUGACAUCUAAUAAACUUGCUAAUGAUGAGAACAGAACCAAAUUAAUGAAAAAAGUUAAGGACAUUUCAAAUUUAUUGGCUUAUAUGGAUGAUGAUUCAAAGAUACCUUUUAUAUCCAAUUCUUUAACAGAAAUAGCUACAUUAGUUUAUUUAGCUUCAAGUGAUAAAGAUUGCUCUGAACUAAGUGAAAAACUAAUCAUGCAAAUUUGCUCCAUAGUGUUCAAUUUCAAAACAAAACCAUAUGAUUCAUUUCUGACUGUGAAUGAUGAUGCUGAAAAUUCUGAAUUUCCUAAUUGGGCAUUGUUGGAAUUUUUUCAAAAAAUGCAUGCACUUCUACAAACCUCAGAUUAUGUAUUUGGAACUGUUCCAGGAACAAAAGCAUGUGCUGCAUUCAUGAAAAGAAUAAUGUUUGAAAUUUUUAAAGAAAAACGAUCAGAUAUGGAACCUUUAAAAAUUUUAAGUCUUUUUUGUGCUAUGUCUGGUGUGGAUAUUCCUCUUUUGGUGACUGCAAAUUCCUGCUGUGAUAAAAUCUUCAAGGAUGCUGGGAAAAAGCCAGACAUUAACAUUAUGUCUUUGAAUUACAUUCUUGAAGGUUGUUGUGGUUGUUCACACUAUUUUAAUUUAACUACAGUGCCUGAUGGACUUUUAGCACCAAGUGAUUGGCUGGAAGGCUUGAUGUUUGUAUUGCUUGAUGUGCAUCAUGAGAAAAAUCAGAGUACAUGGUUGAAAUGUUUUCGUUCACUUUUAAAAAUGUCUCUAUCAGUGGUUGAAAAACAUUUAACUACUAUUAUCAAGUCAACUCUGUUAAAAAUUAAUAUGGAUGAUGCUGAUUCCAAGAAAGAUUACUGUGAUCUCUUUAUAGAUUUGAUAUCUUUGUAUUCUCGAUUACACCAGCUGCCAAAAUUUUUUGUGAAAUUACUCUUGGCACUAACAGAAUGCAUUCAAGAAGGAUCAUUGGGGGAAUACAUUUGUAAAGGACAAAUAUUUCCUGUAGUUUUAAACUCAGUUGCCUUGCAUUCCCAAGAACUGCCAUUUGGACAGAUUAUGGAACAAUGGAAAAUAUUUUCUGAAACUUAUACAACUUUUGGAAACAUGACUCAGGUGUUCACAAAAGGGAAAGGUGCAGUCUUUUUUGUUUCUCAGCUUUUUGCUACAUUUUUGAUGCACUGCAAGUUAUUUGAUUUUACAGUUCCAGAUGCUAUCUAUGAGAAAUUUGGGGAUUUAAUUCUCCACACUAGAAAAGAAUUAAAGAAAAAUAUUUCCAUUUUAUCUGAUAGAAGCAAAGAGGUGUUGCCUCUUCAACGCUCCUUGCUGCUUUUGUGUUUUGCUCUUGGAGAAGUGAAACUGACUUACAAUGAUUGCCAUGAAGAACCGUUAAAUGAUGACUUAAUUUUGAGAUUUUCUGAUCAUGCUUGUGAUUGCACUUUAUUUUUGAAAUUUCUAAGUGAAGAACACUGUGAAAUUUUUGAUUCAUGGUUGAAAGGAGAAGAUAAAGUUCUUAGUUUCCUUGUUUUUCAAUUAUUGGUUCAAAAAGUUAGAGGAUUAUUACACAAGAAGGAAUUAUCCAAUGAAGAAAAUGCUCAUUUGCAUAAGACUUUGUCCUUCAUCCUGGAACAUGCAAAGGAAAAUAUUAUUUAUGGCGAUACCUGGGAUACUGAUUUGGGCACUUUGUAUACUAAUAAUUAUGGAUGUGCCAUAUGGAGAAUUCUUCUUAAAUAUUUUCCUUUGAUUGUAAAUUCUGUGGAUAUCAAAGAACUAAUCAACAUUUGUGGUUGUUUUCGUGAUGUUAUUUUGCAACAGCAAUCUAGUUCCUCUUCUUUAUGCGAGAUGGAUCUGAAAGCAGUUAUUUUAUCUGAAGUGCAAAGUGUUUAUUUUCAAGAGUCAAAGAAUUUUCAAGCAGCUGUACUUGCAUCUGUGUGGAAAUUAGAUGGUACAUUUCUUCAGAAAAAAAGAUCCCAUGAUGAAAUUGAUUCAGAUGAUAAUCUUCUCAACAUUCUAUCACAAUUGAAUAUUUUCCGAAAUAAAUGGACAAAAUAUGCUGAAUCUAACCCUAAGAGUAAUCAAGAUGAAACUCUUAAUUCUUUGUGGCAUAACGUGAAAGAUACUUGUACCCUUUUGAAUCAAAUAUUACAAUCGGAGUCAAUAAUAAAACCAAAGAUGAAGGCUGAAGUUUAUAAUAUAUUGCAGUUGAUUGAAUGUUUGCCUCUUGAAUAUCUGUUACCUGGAAAUCAAGUAAAAUGCAUUGUUGGACUUUCAGUAUUGUUUUUUCUUACUCCAGAAAGUUGUAACUCGCAUGAAGCUCGUAAUGUAGCAGAAAAAAUUGCUAAACUUUUGAUAGCCAUUUUUGAUGCAGUCAGGAGUAUCUGGUUUUUUGAUUUUGUUAAUAGUGGCUUUUAUUUGAGGGAAGUUGUGAAUACUUUAGAAAGACUUAUGACCAUGAAAGCAAUUGAUGAGACUUCAGAGUGGCCAAAAUUACUACUUCAUAGUUUGGUACGGCUUAUUUUAAAACGUAGAGAAUCAUUGAUUGCUAUGGAAAAUUUCUUUUCAGAACUUAAUGUCGUUGAAGAAACUGCUGAAUUCUCAUGUUUGGUACUUCUUCUGACUUUAGAACAAGUUUCUCAGAUAUUCAAAAAGGUACAUUUACCUGAUGACUAUAAAGAAUCUUGUGAGAAUUUAGCAUCUUCUCUGUGUUCUUCUUGCGUGAAGGCUGUUAAAAAAACUGAGGAAGGAUAUUCUGUUUCUGUGUACUGUACUUUGAUUGAAUGUUAUGCUGAAGUUAUAAAAAUUCUUACUUCAACAUCCUGCAAUAUUGAUCAAAAGAAGAAAGAGAGAUAUUUAAAACCUUUACCUAAAAUAAUAACAAUUGCCAAGGAAAAUAUAUCCAAUCCAAAGAAUAACGCUUAUUUUAAAUUUUUUGCAAGUAUCUGUGAACACAGUAAAGACAUAGAAAGCUUUAUACCUGAUGAUUUCCAUCUUAUUAUAUGGAGUAAUGUACAUAUUCUUUUUCAACAACAAUGCUUGAAUCCAACUGCUUUGCAGCAAAGUCAAAACAUCCUGCAUCCUGUGACUUUACAAAAUAAUGAAAUCAAAUUAUUAAAUUCUUUAUUUACUUUGAUGUCUAAAGAAGAUACAGAUAAAAUCCUUGAAGAACUUCUCAAACAAAUGGAAAAUAUUGAUCUUGUUUUCCUGAAUGCAUUUACUUUACAAAUGAAUCUAAAUAUCAUUAAGCAAAUCAUUGAUUCUGAUUCAAAAAGGCCAGAAUCUUCUCUGCCAACAACAAUUCUUGUAAAUAUUUUAUCUCAACUUUGCCGUAUUUCUCUAAAUAAAUCAAGUGAUACAGAUUUUCAUAUACAUAUGAUAAAAAUUCCUAUUUUACAAUUUAUCAAUUUCUUAUUAAAAUUGAAAAAGAGCUGCAUACCAAGACAGCAUUUAGUACAGAGUUUAAGUGCCUGCAGAGUUUCAAAAUUUCCAAAAGACUCAAAUAGUUUUUCAUUGUUUUUAAAUGAAUUUGAUGCUGUAUUUGAUGUCUGUUAUAGUUUAUUAGUAUAUCAUUCAGAAGUAGUGUUCAAUGCAACAUUCUCAUUCCUGCAGACUGUUAUAUUGUUAUUAAGAUCUUUAAUAGCUGCUGGAUCUCAAGAUCAUAUUGCCAAACAAGAAAAAACUGUCCAUUUACAAAUCAUUCAGGCUGCUCAGAACAUGGAUAGAUUAUUUACUGUAAUGAGCAGACAUAAAACAAACUUUGCAAAACUGGCGUCAUAUCUUAUUGCCGAAUAUGUUGACUGUGUUCAGCAUAUUACAUUAGAUGGGAAUGUUAAAGACCACUUGUUGUUAGGCAUGUAUAGGUUACUUGAUUUAUGCAGUGAAGAUACCCUGAAAUCAGUUUCAGUUAAUAUUAAUCACAGCUGUAGAGAUAUAUUUAUUAAUGUGAUGAAAAAUUACAAACAGCUGAAAUAUCGUGGUGAUGUGUAGAUUGUUAUUACAUAUUUGUAUGUAAAUAUCUGUAUCAUAUGUAAUAAAUUACAUAUUUAUUUAUAUA